UAACCCCCUGGAUCCUGCUUCCCGUUAGCCCGUAAAGCUGCAAUAACCAAGCCUUGACAUUGCAAAGAUGGAGGCUGUUAUAGUUUAGACCUGGAUACACAGAAAGCACCAAUUGCGAGUUUCAGAGCUCUGUUAUGACAACAUUUCCAGCUGGUCCAGGUGGAGGCAGGAGGUGUGAGUAGAGUGCAGUAGACAUCAGCAGCAUGUACUCCGAUUGGCGCUCGUUGCAGUUGGUGGUACAGAGUGACCAGGGCCACCUCAGUGUUUUGCACACCUAUCCCCCCAGUGUGGGCACAGAGGUGGCAAAUGCCGUGGUCAAACCUCUGGGCACAGCUGUAAGCCCUGUUGCCACAGAGAACAUCCUCAAAACAGACAAAGAGGUAAAGUGGACCAUGGAGGUGCUCUGUUAUGGCCUGACCCUUCCCUUAGAGGGGGACACUGUCAAGCUGUGUGUGGAUGUGUACACGGACUGGAUGAUGGCCCUGGUGUCGCCUAGGGACUCGAUGCCUCAGCCUGUGGUCAAGGAGCCCAAUAUGUAUGUCCAGACUAUUCUAAAGCAUCUCUACAACGUUUUUGUACCAAGGCCUGAGCAGCACAGUCUGAACCAUAUCAGGCUUUGCCAGCAGGUUCUGACUGCAGUCCAGAAGCUGGCACGAGAGUCUGUUUCCAUGGUGAGAGAAACAUGGGAGGUGCUGCUGCUCUUCCUUCUUCGCAUCAAUGACACUUUGCUUGCACCGCCCACAGUUGGAGUGGGGGUAGCUGAGAAACUGGCAGAGAAACUGAUGGCAGUGUUGUUUGAGGUGUGGUUGCUGGCAUGUGCCCGCUGCUUUCCCACACCGCCGUAUUGGAAGACGGCGAGGGAGAUGCUGGCCAAUUGGAGACAUCAUCCUCCUGUUGUAGAGCAGUGGAGCAGAGUAGCCUGCGCUUUGACUUCCAGACUUCUGCGAUUUACUCAUGGACCAUCCUUCCCACUUUUUAAAGUUCCAGAUGAGGAUGCCAAUUUGAUUCCUUUAGAGAUGGACAAUGACUGCGUGGCGCAGACAUGGUACCGCUUUCUACACAUGCUCAGCAACCCAGUGGAUCUGAGCAACCCCGCAAUAGUAAGCACCACUCCAAAGUUUCAGGAACAGUUUCUCAACUCGAGCGGUAUCCCCCAUGAAGUUGUAUUGCAUCCAUGUCUGAAACAACUACCCCAGAUCUUCUUCAGGGCCAUGAGGGGUGUCAGCUGCUUAGUGGAUGCCUUCUUGGGUGUCUCUGUUGAAAAGAGAGACGUACGGGAGAGGUUGUUACCUUUUUGUCCAGUGCUGCUCUCUCAUGGCAUAUCGCGUCCCAGGGCUGACAGUGCCCCACCUACUCCAGUCAACAGAAUGAGCAUGUCCCCGCCUCCCUCAAUCACAAACACCACGCCGCCUCACAGCCGCAAGCAGCGCCAUGUGGUGGUCGCCAAAACUACAAGCAAGAGUUCAACUGGCAGUGGUAGUCAGCCAAACAAAGCUUCGCAGCAGCAGCAGCAGCAGCAGCAGCAGCAGCAGCAGCAAACUUCGUCCUCCCCGACCCUCCUUUCCAGCCCCAACCAGAGCAGUUGGGAGUCUCGGCCCUUGCCAGCGCCAGCACGGCCAAAGGUCAACAGCAUCCUCAAUCUGUUUGGGCAGUGGCUGUUUGAUGCUGCCCUCGUCCACUGUAAGCUCCACAGCGGCCUCAGCCGGGACCCCAGCAUGACGGCCUCUUUUAUCCAAAUUCUCCUUUCUUAUAAAUCUUCGAUAGCCACUCAAGUGGGUCUGGAGCUGAGAAGGAAGGGUUCCCAAAUGUCCACCGAUUCCAUGGUGAACAACCCAAUGUUUGACGCCAAUGAGUUCCCAGAGAGCUAUGAGGCAGGACGAGCUGAGGCCUGUGGGACUCUGUGCCGCAUCUUCUGUAGCAAGAAAACUGGAGAGGAGAUUCUCCCUGUUUACCUGUCCAGGUUCUACAUGGUCCUGAUUCAGGGUCUCCAGAUUUCUGAUUUCAUCUGUAGACCAGUUCUGGCUUCGAUCAUUCUCAACUCUUCCUCUCUCUUCUGUACUGACCUAAAGGGCAUCAAUGUGGUGGUGCCCUACUUCAUAGCUGCACUGGAAACCAUUGUGCCAGACAGGGAGCUGUCCAAAUUUAAGAUGUAUGUAAAUCCUACCGACCUGAGGAGAGCCUCCAUCAACAUCCUGCUUGCUAUGCUGCCACUGCCACAUCACUUUGGCAACAUCAAAUCAGAGGUUCUGUUGGAGGGGAAAUUCAACGAAGAAGAUGGCUGGCCUCAUGACCAGCCUGUGUCUUUCCUGUCACUGAGGCUACGUCUCGUCAAUGUCCUCAUAGGAGCACUACAGACUGAGACUGAUCCCACCAACACACAGCUCAUACUGGGUGCAAUGCUAAAUAUUGUUCAAGACUCAGCUUUAUUAGAGUCCAUAGGCGCCCAGACUGAAACAGGGAGCAUUGAUGGUAGCCAUUCGACACUGAGGAGUCAGAGUCACAGCCGUACCAACAGUGGCAUUAGCUUCACCAGUGGAGGCAGCAUGGAGGCCACCAGCCCAGACUCUGAGCGCCCUGCACAGGCACUGCUCCGUGACUAUGCUCUUCCAGAUACUGCGGCAGGCCUGCUGGUGCGCAGCAUCCACCUGGUCACUCAGAGGCUCAACUCCCAGUGGAGACAAGACAUGAGCAUUUCACUCGCUGCCCUAGAACUGCUGGCUGGGCUGGCCAAGGUAAAGGUGGGCGUCGACUCCGCAGACCGUAAACGCGCUGUCAGCUCUAUAUGCUGCUACAUUGUGUUCCAGUGUAGCCGUCCAGCUCCUCUUCAGUCCAGAGACCUCCACUCCAUGAUUGUAGCUGCCUUCCAGUUUCUCUGUGUGUGGCUCACAGAGCACCCUGACAUGUUAGAUGAGAAAGAUUGUUUGGUUGAGGUGUUGGAGAUUGUAGAGCUGGGAAUCUCAGGCAGUAAGUCCCGUCAGGAACAAGAAGUUCGUCAUAAAGGGGAGAAGGAACACAACCCGGCUUCCAUGAGAGUGAAGGACGCUGCUGAGGCAACUUUGUCCUGUAUCAUGCAGGUGUUGGGGGCCUUCCCUUCUCCCAGCGGGCCUGCGUCGACUUGCAGCCUGCUGAAUGAAGAUACCCUGAUUCGCUAUGCCAGACUAAGUGCUACAGGAGCCAGUAACUUCCGUUACUUUGUCCUGGACAACUCUGUCAUCCUUGCAAUGCUGGAACAACCUCUUGGCAAUGAGCAAAACCCCAGUCCUUCAGUGACAGUUUUGAUCCGGGGGACAGCUGGUCGACAUGCCUGGACCAUGCAGCUCUUCCAUCAGCCAAGAGGAGCCAGGGCUAAUCAGAGGCAGAUGUUUGUUCCUGAAGGCCGUCCAACACCCAACAAUGAUGUGGGGAUUAAGUACAACGUGAAGCAGAGGCCCUUCCCUGAGGAGGUGGAUAAGAUCCCUCUUGUCAAAGCUGAUGUCAGUAUUCCGGACCUGGAUGACAUUGUCAGUAAGGAGGUGUGUUGUAUGGGCUGGCAGGAUGAUUCACGAGCUUCAGAUUCACUGAUGAGUAAUUGCCCUCAUCUGGAAGUUCAGCACGACAAGCUUCGUAAUCUGAUGAGCAAGCAGAUAGAGUAUGAGAACGCCUUGGAGCGACACAGUGAGGAAAUCUGGAAGUCCAAGCCCUUUCCUGACCCGCAGACAGACUGCAAACCCCCUCCACCCUCGCAGGAGUUCCAGACAGCACGCCUGUUCCUCUCACAGUUUGGCUUUUUGUCUCUGGAGGCACUUAAGGAACCCAACAACAGUCGUCUACCUCCUCACCUGAUUGGCCUGGAGUCAUCCUUGCCGGGAUUUUUUGAUGACAUCAGCUACCUGGACCUGCUUCCCUGCCGACCUUUUGACACCGUCUUUAUUUUCUAUGUGAGAGCUGGACAGAAAAGCAGCCAUGAGAUCCUUAGGAAUGUAGAGUCUUCAGCCAGCGUCCAGUCACACUUUUUAGAAUUCCUGUUGUCCUUGGGCUGGCCUGUGGAUGUGGGACGCCACCCAGGCUGGACGGGACACUUGGAUACCAGUUGGUCUGUAAAUUACUGCUCUGACAGCAAUGAUGUGCAAGCAGAGGAAGCAGGAACUCCGGAGGACACCGGAGGUUCGGUGUUCAACGGAGAGAAGAAAGUUUUGUACUACGCUGAUGCUCUGACAGAGAUCGCCUUUGUUGUUCCAUCGCUAACAGAAAAUUCUGAGGAGUCAUCAGUGCACAGUGACUCCACAGUGGAGGCAGACACCAACUCAGAACUCAUGCCUGGUAUGCUUAAACAAGCCAAUCUCACACUGGAACUGUUCCCGAACCAUUCUGAAAACCUGGAGUCUGCCAAAAAGCUGAGUCCUUUAGUGAAGACAAAGAGGUCAUCGACUGGAAAAUCUUUCCCUCAGCUGGGGCCUGAAACGAAAGUGUUUGUGGUCUGGGUGGAGCGCUUUGAUGAUAUUGAGAACUUCCCUUUGACCGAUCUCUUAGCGGAAACCAGCACAGGCUUGGAAGCUAGCACGAGUAACAGCACUUCCUGCAGGUCGGGGUUACUAGAAAAGGACGUUCCUUUGAUCUUCAUCCACCCUCUGAAGACGGGACUCUUUAGGAUCCGCCUGCACGGAGCUGUGGGUAAAUUUGGUAUGGUGAUUCCCCUGGUGGAUGGCAUGGUGGUCAGCCGCAGAGCUCUAGGCUUUCUUGUGCGUCAAACGGUCAUCAACGUAUGCCGACGGAAGCGCCUGGAAAGUGACUUGUACAACCCACCUCAUGUGAGGCGGAAGCAGAAAAUAACUGAAAUUGUGCAGCGUUAUCGCAACAAACAGCUGGAGCCCGAGUUUUACACCUCGCUCUUCCAUGAGGUGGGAGAGGGAAAGCCUCACCUCUAACCCUCCCCAACAAUGCCCUGUCCUAACACUGGCACACAAGCGCACACAACAACACACACAUGCACGUACACUCUUUUAUUCUGUAGUCAUAAAGCAUUUACAACUGUGCUUACACACACGCAUACACACACACACACACACAGAAUCUUUAUAUUUAUACUGUAUAAUUUUGUUAUUUAUAUGAAUACAUAUAUCAACACUGUUUGCCUUUGACUCUUAGAUCAAAGUGUCAAAAACCAUGCCAAGGUGGGGAAAAAAACAAACAAACUACAUUUCUUUGUUGCGGCUACUCACUGAAGCUCUGAAUGGCUGAAGUUCAACAGUGAACGUUUUCUCUUUGUUUUAGGUCCAUGCUUUGUGGCAAAACAAUUUCUGCUUGUCUUUAACUGCAAUACAGUAGUUACACUGUUGGCCUUUCUGAAAUUGUAAAAAGUUUGUCCAUCAAACCUUGUAAUAUGAGUGAACUUCAUGAGGUUUGGUAAUACAGAAUUGUGUCCAAAAUCCACAUCUGCUCAUCUCGUUUUGUUUUGCCAAGGAGAUAAAAAUGUAACCAUAUAUAUCUCUCUCUCGCUUCAAUGCAGGUGACUUAAAGUUGACCCAUAAUUUAAUCUAACAGAUUUGUCACACUGCUUUAGUCUUCCUAGUGUGAACGCACACUUGGCCGUCAGCAGCUGACUGAGCACAUGAGUUGUUUAUAGUUUUCUAUCAGUUUUUCUUCUGGUAUGUCAAUGUCAUUUUUGACACUUGUGCUUAGGCCAUCCCAUUGCACAACUGCCACUACACUGUGUGUGUGUGUGUGUGUGUGUGUGUGUGUGUGUGUGUGUGUGUGUGUGUGUGUGUGUGUGUGUGUGCGUGUGUGUGCGCGUGUGUGUGUGUGCGUGUGUGUGCGCGUGCGUGUGUGUGUACACGGCCGCAUGUUUGCUUGUUCAGCCAGUCACUUAACACUACAAGGAGUCGGAGACCCCUAAAAGCCCAACACGUUGCAUUUAAGGAUGAAUUCUGUCACUUUAAUCUCAAGAUAAUACAGUUUAGAAAAUGUCGUAAUACGUCGAUCAUGACAUUAGAAUUAGUUUACGCUGUAAUGCUUGGAAACACAAGAGUUUACUGAUAGUGAGAAUGGCCGCAGACCUCCUGGAGUUCUUGAUGUUUUCAGGUCUGAUUUGAAAUGAGGAUGAGAGUAUCUAUCAUUACCAACCAGAGCCAUAGCACAGUUUUCAGUGUCUCGCUCCUCCAAACAAAAUCUGUAUGAUAGAUUCAGAGGCCAAAAUACUUGAUGUAGCUAACAAGAUGAUCUGAUUUUACUUUUUAUUUUGGCUGAUCAAAGCUGUUUUUAUGUAAACCCAGGAAGAGAAUAUUUAACAUUUUAUCUUCAGUUUGGAUUGCAGAAAUGUGCACUUUUGCCUUCACACAUUUUGCUAACUUUUUUUUUUUUAAACAAUUUGUUUCACUAGUAUUUUCUCACUGUACUUUGGUUUUAAUUCAAGCCCUCCCACUGUCUGCCUGUAACAAUGUGAAUUUAUUUAUCACAGAGCUGGAGCAGGGCAAACACCUCUAGUUUCUUUUGUUAUAUUGGAAAGUCUUAAUGCACUGAGCACAUUUUAUGUUUAUUUUCUAUUCUCUUUGGUUACCUUACAUGUCUUUUUGUACUUUUGUGCAUUUUUGGAAGAAAAACCCUGCUGAAGGAAGAGUUUUAUCUCGAGAAAUCUGAAUGAAGAUGAGGCGCUGUGGAGUUUUUAACCUGUCAUGUCUAAUUGUGACUCACUUUUUAUGACAGUGCUGUAUGCACAUGCCUUUUUUUGGAAGGAAAGUACAUUAAAUAUGCUUCAAAGAAACUACAUACAAUCAGUCACACAUUGUAUCCCGUUACUCCUCUGAUGUUUGAUCAUAUUUAAGGAUUUGCCAUGUACAGAAACGGAGGAUAAUAUGUAAAUAUGUGAUAGAUCAAGGCAUUUACAAGCUGUCUGUUGCAUUCCUCAUCUGAGAUGGCAAAAAAGAUAUGUAUGUAUGUAUGUUUGCAUUUUUUUUUUGUGUGUGGGAGGAACGCAAUGGGUAUUGAAUGUAACAUGCAUCAAUUAAAACUAUUAUUGACAUUUUAA